AUGGCGCGGCCUUCGAGGGGUCACCGUCGGUCGCUCGUUGACAUUUCCAAGCCCGAGGCUAAUCGCGUGACGUUCGGGGAGCUGGAGAAGACAACGAAAGAGAUUCAGGACAAGUGGAACGCGCAUAAAUGGGGCGGCGUGAGGAUUGCUGUUGAUGAAGGGCCACCACUCGGUCUCCUCUCCAUCAUCGUCCGCGUCGGAUCUCCCCCAACCGACUUCUCCGUCCAUGAAUCCCUCGUCUGCUCACGCAGUCCAUUCUUCGCAAACGCCAUGAACGGCGCCUGGGCCGAAGCAGAGUCACGCGUCGUCCCACUGCCUGAUGACGCUCCCUCCACCUUCGCCCUCUACCGGACCUGGCUGUACACCGGCCUGCUCGCCUGCAAAUCUAGCUCUGACUCCGACGAAUGGGAACUCCUCGCCUGCGCCUACGUCCUCGGCGAAAAGCUGCAAGACUCCGACUUCAAAGACACCGUCAUCGACGCCAUGGUCGAGAAGUUCAACAAACACCACCCCACGACCGCCAAGCCCCGCGUCGCACCAGCGCCUACGCCUGGGCCCUACAGGAUCGGCCAAGUGCCCCCGCCUCCCCCCUCAUCUGAGCCAACCUCUGCAACAACCGCCUCCGAGGGCUCUUCGGCCGCCGAGACCAUUGAUGCCGAGGCCCUCGAGCUGGAAGAAAUGGAGUUCUUCAAGCGGAACCCUGCCGUCUUAAUCUACAUCUACGAGAACACGCCGCCGUCCGCGCCCGUGCGCCGGCUGCUCGUCGACCACUACCGCGCGGCCGGCAAGCCGGACUGGAUCAGUGCGGAAAAGCGGGAACUUCUGCCAGAUGACUUCCUCUACGCGCUGUCGUUCCAGUUCAUGACGCUGAAGGUGCGGGAGGAGGAGGGGCAGCGACGGCCCGCGUCGGCGCCCUACCAGUGGGAGGACGGGACCUGUUCGUACCACGAGCACGGGGGGAAGAUGUGCUAUAAGCGGCGGAAGCACCCGUGGGUGGCGUUGAAAGAUGCGCCGGAAGAGGAUAGGGACCCGCAGAACAUGGGGUGGCUGGUGACGAAGCAUCUGGGGUGGAAGGUGGAGAAGGAGGGGGUUGAUGGGUUUGUUUGA